AUGAGCGAUUAUUCCAAAAUUUAUACUGUAAAUGGUGCGAAUGGUGUCAAAAGACGAGUUUUGGUCAGACCAAGGUAUGAGAUUCUAGGCCAAGUGAAACGAAAAAACUGGGUGGUCUUCUAGCUCAGAAUGUUCGGCGGUGAACUUCAUAGUUGAAGUUUGUGGGAGUUUUUUAACCGAUCACCUUUCAAAAUUUGUCCGAUUCAGAACUUUUCUCAACAAACCAGACGUUGACCAAUUUCUUUUUACUGGUCCGAUGCUUUUGCCUUUUGAUCAAAAGUCUUAUCUUUUUUCAACAAAAAAAAACAGUUCUCAAUGGAGCGUGUUUGCAACAUCUCGUUAUUUCGAAAUGCUUUCCUUUACAUUUUCCGCGUACCAUUCCCAUUCAAACAAAUACAUUUCCAGAAUCCGCGUAUUCUCAACUCAACGUAAAAUGAACCACCAGCAGCAAAAUCCACAAAAACUAUUGGCGGCUCCAGGGCGUGUGCCAAAACAAGAAGUCUAUCAACAAGUACAACAGCAAGGUCCAGUUCGAAUGAGAGCUCCGGCUACUUAUAUUCAACAACCACCACAACAACAAAGAAUUGCACAACAAAAUAGUAAUGGGAUGACAAGAUCAACUGCUAAUCGACAACAACAACAAAAUCAAUAUCAACAAGGAGUUUCGAUUGAAGAAGUUCCAAAUGCUCAAUCUUUUGAUAACGCCGUAAGAUUUUGUGUUUUUGUAUUGUAGAAUAGAAACAUACUGUUUCAGAACACAUCCAACAAUUCUCAACCACGACUUGACGAGGAAAAGCUUCCACUUUUCUUGAUCAAAUUGUGGAAUAUUGUGCAGGAUCAAACAAUUCAAUCGAUAGUUCAUUGGGAUGAGGUUUGUUUCUUUUUUCAAAGGAAAAAUGAUAUUUCAGAAAAAAACCUUUUUUUUCAGAGUGGAGCAAGUUUUCAUAUCGCAGAUCCGUAUUCGUUUUGUAGAAAUGUUUUACCGCAUUAUUUCAAGCACAACAAUUUGAACAGUUUGAUUCGGCAAUUGAAUAUGUGUGAGUUUUUCUGGUUUUUGAUGGGAAUAUUAGUUUGGUCAUGCUGAUAUUAAUCUAGGAGUUAGAAAUUGUCACAAUCUCAGUGAACUACUUUUAUGAAAAUCCAAAGUCAAAAUUGAGUUUUUCGUCCAGGGUUUCUGGCAAUUUUUGCCCUCGGGAUCGUAAUCAGCAUAGUCGAAUUAUUAUUUCCAAGUUUCAUCCACAAUUUAUCUCGAGACCUAUUUUACUCAUUUUCUUCUUUCAGACGGUUUUCGUAAAAUGACCCCGUUGAAUCAAGGAGGAUUAACUCGAACUGAAUCAGAUCAGGAUCAUUUGGAAUUCAGUCAUCCAUUUUUUGUCCAAUCACACCCUGAAUAUAUGGUAAAUAUCAAACGAAAACAAUCAACUCGAGCCGAUGAUAAACAAAUAACUGUUCAAACACAAAACAAUAUCGAAAUGGUUAUGCAAGAAGUUCGAUCAUUGCGAGAUAAACAACGAACCAUGGAAAACAAAAUGAACACUUUGAAUAAGGAAAAUCGACAAUUGUGGGAUCAAAUGUCAACAAUGCGACAUCAACAUUCGAGACAACAACAAGUUGUUAAGAAAUUGUUCCAAUUUUUGGUUUCAAUGGUUCAACCAAGUUUGCCAAACAGAAAUUUGAAACGGUGAGAAUUAUAGGAGAAGAAGAUUAUAAAACAAUUUAAAAUUUCAGAGGUGUUUUGGCUAUAGACGAUCAUGGUGGUCCGUCGAACUCAAAGAGACCACGUCAAGAUUCGAAUAGUGGAGGAGGUGCACAAAAUACGGCUGGUUUGAAUUCGACACAAUUGUCGGAAAUGUUGGAAUCGCUUCAAAGAGAAUUGCAAGAUGGAGAUUAUGUUAGACGAUUUUCGAAUGAUCAAGGACCUGUUAUUGCAGAGGUUUGUGGAAUUUGGAGAGGGUUUCAUUGAAAAUUUCCACCAAAUUUUUAUCGCAAAAUCUAGCUUUCGCCAUGAAAAUUCAGAUAUUUGUUUUAUCAAAUUCAUCUGAAUUUCUUCAAUUUUUGACGGAGUUCUCCAAUCCUACUCUCGAUCCUCGUCUCAAAACCAACUUUCCAGGUUACCGAUGAACUUGGACAUUCUCCACCAUCUUCUUCCCGCCCUUAUGGUUCGAAUUUCGAUGAUUUUGCUGAUGAACCAGAAGAUUUCGAUGUUCCAAUAGUCUCCAACUUCAGUAAUUCAUCAAAUUCCUCUUUCAAUCGUGCCGCGCCAAAUAGAAAUUUGGCGAAUUCGCAAAAUGUUUAUAUGGGAAGUGGAGCAUUGACUGCUGAAAAUGUUGGAAGAACUCCAUCGCCAAAUGAUUUGAACAAUCGAAAACAACCCAAAAGAUCAUCAUCGAGACAACAAACCGGUUAUCCAACAGCUCCAACUUUCCAUCAACCACAAAAUCAAUUGACAUAUCAAUAUCCGCCAAAUGAGCAAAUGCAAAAUAAUCAAUUGGUUCAAUUGACUCCGAAAAAAACUGGAGGAGCUGGAGGAGGAGGAGAACAAGAUGAUUUGAAUUCGACCAAUAAUUAUGUGAGUUUUCGAAAAAAUUGAUUUUCUUGUCAAAAUUGCGCCUUAUGCACCUAAUUGUCUAGGAUUCGCGCCUUGAGAGCAGCCCUGUCAAGUGAGCGCGCCUUUACUGACAUUCUAAAACCUUAUUUUUUUCGAAAUGAAUUUUUUAAAAUUUGCCACGUCAUAACUCAUGUUCAGAUUGAAGCUGUGAAAAUAUAUUUCAUGACAAAAACUCGAAGAAAAGCUCAAAAUCCUUUUCAGUAACCUUAAUCAAUAUUCUUCAUUUUCAGGAUCGCCAAGACACAUUUAGCCCAACUUUAGUUAUGUCGCCAUCUUUGGAACGACAAAUCUCCCAAGAGUUGCAGGUUCGUUUUAUUUUUCCUUCAAAUCUUCUUGAUCAAAUCAUUUUGGAAACCAUUUUUUUUGUUCAAAUGGUCAGAACUUGAAGCCAUUUUAAUCCAAUUUCCAAGAAUAUUUCUCACCAAAUUUAAAUUCUAGUUUUGAAAACAAUGAAAAACAAAGAUCUAUUUAAAAGCACACAAAUGAAAUUUUAUGUUUUGAUCUUAAAUAUCAAUUUUCAAUUUCAGGAUUAUUUGAAUGGCGUUGAUUUUACAAUUGAUAAUUGUCGAGAUUUAUUGACCGAUUGGGCUGAUUUUGAUGUGAGUUUGAAAAGUUUUCAGUGAAAAGAAAAAUGAAGAAAAUGUGGGAAUAUUUUCAGCAACCAAUGAAUGAUCUUGAUGUUGAUUAUACAAAAUAUGGAGAACCAUCGAGUUCGAUGACUGGAGAAACACAACAAAGAUUGGCUUUGGAACAUAUUCCAAUUAGUGAAGAUGUUGAGGAAAAGGUAAGAAGUUCGGUUAAAUUGUUUGAGGUUAGGGGCACAUUACAAGUUUUGAUGAAUGAAAAUGAAUUGAACUUUCAUUUUCAGUAAAAAUAUAAAAUAUAUUCGGCCAACCAAACAAAUACGCUCUAAUUGUUUGAAAAUUAUUAUCAUUGGGGCGUGUUUGUUGAUUUUUUUGCCGACAUUUCUCGGCCACCUAAAUUGUUCGGUCACGCCUAAAAUUUUUUAAAUUUUCUGUGAAAAUUUCUUUCAGCUCCAUUUUUUUGUUUUUUUUUGAAAUAUUGAAAUUCAGUUUUAUGUACGUCAUGGAGAAUGUCAGAUAAAAACACACAGACCUAUUUUUAUCCGCAAAAAUUGGAUUCAGGAAAUUAAUUUUCUGAACAAGGAACAUUGUUUUCCAAACUUUUUAUUUUAAAAAAAUGUGGAAGUUCAAAAAAAAAAUAUUUUUCAAAGUGUCACGCGAUUUAGCAAAUACACUAAUUGCACAUUUUAUACAAUUCUAAGAAAAUUCCUAAUUAAAGGGUAUGAGAAGUCAAAAUAGAGAAUCAAUACUGAAAACACAUUUUGUACCCACAAAAUACUAAAAUACAAUUUUUGCAGUCAGCUGCUUCUUCAGUUCAACCAAGUUCACUUUCCGUACCAACAAGUGCUCAAAGAAAUAAUGCAUUUUAUGUAAGUGUCUAUUUAAAUAUCCAAUACAAUUCUUCAAAAUUUUUCUUUUUUUGCAGACCCCACCAUUUCCUGAUCCAUCAUUCCCAACAAUUCCCGAUCAAAUGAAUCUUGAUCAAUUUCCCGGAACUCCCGAAUUACUGACUCCUGGAGCAAGUCCAUCUGCAAGAGAAUAA